CCAUGAACGCAUCGCCAGCAGGAGGACAGAAACGGUUCCCAGGAUUGGUCUCCUCCUUUUCUCCCCUAUGAGAGCAUUUCCUGGACCUCCUGCACGGUGGACGCGGCUUUGAUUCCUUCUGCCUUCACUUCCAAACAAACAGCCCCAAUUUCUGGCUUAAAUCCGCUCCAGGUUCCGUAGUUUCACUCGAUACGGACGACGCUACUUUGAGCUUUUAAGCUAGCGACACGUUUCCGGGUAGCGGGCUUUUUUUUUUUUUUCUAAAGCGGAUCCUCUAAAUAUUGUUGAGCUAACCGAAGCUGAAGGGGCGAUCAGUGUUUAUUGUUUAGCCCUAUAAAGAGUAUAUUUACUGUUUUAUUCUGAGUAAUGCCGGUUAAAGAAGGAGGACUGAGAUGUGGGCGUCAUGUCUGAGCUGCUGUGGAUUCUCACCUGGCUGCCCCUGGUUCUGACAGCUGUGGCUGAACUCCCAGCGCCCUCCAAUCUCACCGUGACCUUAGAGCCGUCGGGUUACUUCCUGACAUGGCAACCCGGAGCAGGAACGCCCGCCGGGACGUUUUACCGAGUUAAAACCAAAACCUCGAUGGACGCUCGGUGGUUCCCGGUAAAGGACUGCCAAUGCGUCCAGGAGCCGCAGAGCUGCAACCUGACUGGUCCGUUUAUUCAUGCGAUGGAGGAGUACAACGUCCAGGUAAUGGCUCACCUGGGGAACCGGACGUCCCCGCCAGCCGAGCUGAAAAGAUACGUUCCUAUCGCCCACCUGCCGCCGCCCCUGAUCAACGCCACGCAGUGCGGCUCCAUCGUCUGCGUCAGCUUCCUGCCUCCGUCCCAGCACCACCUCUACAUCUAUAGUCUGCUGCAUUACGAGCUUCGGAUCAAAAGGAGCGGCGUCGAGGAACCCGAGGUCCUAACCCUCCAGUCCCUGACGGCCCACAAUGAGACCAACGUGGCCCCGGGCCAGAAGUACUGCUUCUCCCUCCGGUUCUCAGACAGCCAGUUUAAAAUGAAGUUUAACUUCAGCGAGCCUGUUUGCACCUCCAUCCCAAGGAACACUUCUUCAGACGCAGCCGUCGCCACAGUGAUGUGUUUAAUGGUGAUGGCCGUCAUCGCUGUCUUCGCUCUGCUGUACGGGACCGGCUUCCUCUGCCUGAAGCGCCACCUGAUGCCAUCGGUCCUGAUCUCCAUCCAUCACCGAUCUGAUGAAGACCGAAUCAUCUACAGCGCUUCUCUGCCCUCUCUGCUGAACGUCAGGCUGAUAGCGCCCCCUGUCGGUGGGACCAGCUCCAGCCAUUUGUUUUCAGACCAAACUGACGAGUGCGGUUCAGAGACCUCCUCUGGGGCGUGUUACACUCAGCGGCUGGGCAGCAACGUUCCCUCCUCCUCCUCCUCCUCAUCUUCAUCUCUGGCUUCCAAACCUGAACCUGCAUCCACCUCCUGCUACAAGGAGACGGCAGAAAGCUCAGCGCUGCCGCCUGAAGACCUGACUGUUACACAAGCUCAGCCUGGAGCUGAGCAGAACCCUCUGAGAGCGGACAGUUUGGUAAGGGUGAGAACUGAGAGGAAAAAGGAGGAGGAGGAGGAGAAGAAAAAGGAGGAGGGGGCGGUGGGACAGGAUGUGAACCUUUUCAGUUUAACCUUCGGCCAGCCGGAGCAGCACAAUGAGGAGGAAGAAGAGGAGGAGGAGGUCCUUCCAGACGUUCCAGAGGAGCCCGCCUCUCCGGCACCUCCUCCGGUUCCGCCUGCAGCCGCAGCGUCAUCCCAGACUGCUGCUGCUGCUGAUGAUGAUGAUGAAGAGCAGGAGGAGUGGGAAUACAUGUGCAGACUUCCUUCUCGGGUUUCUGAACACUUGCUGCGCUCCGAUCAGGGCUGAAACCGGGCCGGAGCGGCGAUGAAAAAGGGACCGAAGGCGUUCUGGAGACUCCGCGGCACAAGAACUCGUCUUUAUUUCCUGGUUUCAUUAUUCUACAGUUUCAUGCAGAGACUUCACUCUGGGUUCUGGAUCUCCUCUGCCCAUCUCAGCCCGAGGAGAACCAGAACCUCUGGAGACACUUUUAGAUGACUUGACCUCCUGUUCGGUACCACAUGUUCGUAAAUCCAGUGACUUCCUGCAUCCAGCCCUGUAAAAUCUCUCUCCGAAUGUUUCUGGGUGUCCUCAGGUCCGAUCUAACAGGGGGUUCUGGUUUCCCCCCGUUUACUGGUUUGGCUUUCUGCUCUUCAUGCAGUAACACAUGCUUGGCUUAAUUGGUCAGAGUGUCUGCUCGGGUCGGACCUGCCGUCCACAACACUGCAAAAAAUGAACUAAAAGUAAGUAAAGUGUUUCUGAAAUGAGUGUUUUUGUCCUUGAUUUGAUCAUCUGCCGCUGGAAUGAGUGUUUUUACCCCUAAAAUAA